UUUCAUCAAAAAUCUGAUUCACCCAUCAUAAUAUUCCAGGGUUGUAAACUGUUGUUUUGGAUUAAGGUUAGAAAACCUGUUUCACAAAUCGCUGUGAAAAAGUGGAAAAUCUGAAUUUUAUUGGACUGGUUCGUGCGCGAAAAGAACAAAUUCAAGUCACGUUGCAAUUCACGCCUCUGCGCCGUUCUAAAAUACCAGAAUGCCGCUUCCUACAUGUUUUGCAAACGCGGUCGAACCCAUGCAGGUUGAUGCGCAGCCGGAGGACAACGAGAACAACGAAGAGGAUGUUUACAUCGUCGAGAAUCCGUCGAUUGACCUGGAGCAGCUCGCCAACCAGUACACCGGUCUGGCGAAACUACACCGCCUCAUUUAUAUCGCGGAACACUGCCCUGGCUUACGCCUUGAAGCCCUGCGCAUGGCCAUCAACUACGUAACCACCACCUAUAACGUCACACUUUAUCAACAUUUGCACAAAAAACUUGCCGAAAGUGUAGGCGCGUUGUUUCUACCGGAUGUUGCAUCCCAGCCUAGUGGUUCACAAGAAAUUCCAACCUUCGAUGCGGCUUGGGUAGAGACGAAAAGCAAGAAAUCGGCUCUAAAGUUAGAAAAACUCGACUGCGAUCUUAAAAACUAUAAGGCCAACUCAAUUAAGGAAAGCAUCCGUCGCGGACAUGACGAUCUCGGCGAUCACUAUCUUAACUGCGGCGAUCUGUCCAACGCGUUAAAAUGCUACUCCCGUGCUCGCGACUAUUGCACUAGUGGCAAGCAUGUCGUUAACAUGUGUUUGAACGUGAUCAAAGUAUCCAUCUAUCUACAAAAUUGGUCGCAUGUGCUGAGCUACGUCUCAAAGGCCGAAGGAACUACCGAGGUUUCUGAAACGUCUAAGGAGAAAGAUCCCAAUCAAGUGGUGAUCACCCGGCUGAAAUGUGCCGCUGGACUGGCGGAGUUGGCCAUGCGAAAGUACAAGGCUGCCGCUAAGAACUUCCUACAGGCUAACUUCGACUUGUGCGACUUUCCCGAAAUGAUCUCAACUAACAAUGUUGCAAUGUACUGUGGAUUGUGCGCCUUAGCCACAUUCGAUCGGCAGGAGUUGAAAAACGUAAUUUCCAGUAGCUCGUUCAAACUAUUUUUGGAGUUGGAGCCACAGCUACGCGAUAUCAUUUUCAAGUUUUACGAGUCCAAGUAUGCCUCAUGCUUGAAGCUAUUGGACGAAAUCAAAGAUAACCUUCUGCUCGAUAUGUACAUAGCGCCUCAUGUAAACGCGCUGUACACACAGAUUCGCAACAGAGCACUGGUACAAUACUUUAGUCCGUACAUGUCGGCCGAUAUGCGUAAAAUGGCAACAGCUUUCAAUCGAUCCGUUGCUGCCUUAGAGAACGAGAUAAUGCAGCUCAUCCUUGAGGGUCAGAUACAGGCGCGCAUAGACUCGCACAAUAAAAUCCUCUAUGCAAAGGACGCUGACCACAGAAGUGCCACGUUUGAGAAAGCCAUUAAUGUUGGCAAAGAAUUUCAACGCCGCUCUCGAAUGCUUAUUCUGAGAGCAGCUAUGGUUCGUCGCCAUAUUCACGUGAAGGUUCGAGCGUAAGACGCGUUUAGAUAGAUAAAGGGUGCUUUGAAAGUAACGUAACUCUUGAUAUUCUUGUAGAACUAUCCACGUGAAAGUGGCGGAAAUCAUGGUGCCGAAAUUUGUAUCCCAUCAAGUGGUCCACCCUGCGGAAAUCUUUCUUGAAAAUACUUUCAUCCGUUCAAACAAUGUCUUCAUAUACACGUACACAAA